AAUAAGACCACAUACCAAUAAUUUGUAUAAACAAUUCAAGAUCUUCCAUGAUAAAAGAAGUGUGGUUGAGACUUUAGAUUCAUCAACAACAAACGUCAAGUAUAAUCCCUUCCUUCAUCUUUAAAGGAUCCAAUCACCACCAACAAUAUCCCUGCCGGAUCCACCAUAUUUCUCAAAGAAUCCGGUCACCCGGUUCUCUCAUAAUCGCCACUUUCUGCCGGAAAAGAGCACACUGCCAAACUACAUUUGUUCACCGGAAAAGUGCUUAACUGCUCCUGCUUCGGCUCAUAUCUUCCGGACUGUCGCCGCGAGUAUCUUGCAAUGAUGACCAACGGCGAGAAAAAGGCUUCGACUAACGGUGAGAAAAAGAAAAAGGCUUCGCCAAAGCACCCAUUCUUAACUGAUCAAACAACUUCCAUCAAGAGAAAAAGAUUCCGGAGAAUCAAAAGCGCCCCAUCGGCGGAUUCCUUGACUUUCAAAGACAAGCAUCCAAAUGGACACAAACCACACCUCAUAUCUGUUUUCGACUACUUGUACCCGAAUUACUGGAAAGUGGCAGUAAUACUGUUCGCGUAUUUAGCAGCAGGCACACUUUGCUUUCAUCUAACCCGACACCAAAUUACAGGAAAUAAAACAAACCCUGUACUCGACGGGCUUUAUUUUACCGUCGUCACAAUGACAUCUGUCGGGUAUGGAGACCUUGUUCCCAACAGCACUCUUACAAUACUACUCGCGUGUCUUUUUGUGGUCUCGGGCAUGUUGAUAGUCGGGUUGGUUUUAGGUAAAGCAGCAGAGCUUUUAGUGGAGAAACAAGAACGAUUGCUUGUAAGAGCGUUACGUUUAAACGAAAACCACAGUGAAGCAGAAAUCCUAAAAAAGAUGAAAACAAAGAGAGUGAGAUAUAAGUGUAUCAUACUGUUGUUGUUGCUCUUGGUACUUAUGGCUGCGGGAACGGGUUUGUUACUUUGGGUUGAAGAUCUGGAGUUUAUUCAUGCGUUUUAUUGUGUUAUCGCGACACUCACGGGCCUUGGGUACAUACAUACAUGUUUUUCAACAACGGGUGGACGCGUGUUUUCUGUGUUUUGGAUAUUAGCGGGUACGGUUUAUGUAGCUCAGUUGCUGUUUACUUUUGCUUUGCUAUAUACCGAGAGAAAGCAACGGUCGUUAGUAAAGUCGGUUCUUAGAAGAAAAACAACGGUUUCUGACCUCGAGGCAGCGGAUUUUGAUGGUGACGGAAUUGUCGUUGCUGCUGAGUUCAUUGUGUACAAGUUAAAAGAGAUGGGGAAGAUUACAGAAGAUGAUGUCACUCCUAUCAUGGAUGAGUUUGAAACCCUUGAUUUUGAUAAAACGGGAACGUUAUCUGCGGCUGAUCUUCUGCUUUCGCAGUCAUCAGUGCCGAUACCUGAACUUAUACCUCCUCGGUUAUCUGUAUAAGAUGAUGUAAGUAACAUAAUCUUGGAAGGUGGAACAUAAACAGUUUUACAUGUAUGUGAGGUUAAACAGAUUAAUCGUUUUGAUGAAAAUUUGGGCCAAACUGCUAA